CGUGCUUGCGUAGUGGCCGCGCUGACGUAUUCCCAGGAACGCGUUCCAGAACGUAGCCCGGGACGUUGCUGUGGUAGCGGCGCGCGCCAUGUUGGGACAGACGGGAAGCGGCUAGGCGGCAGGUUCCGGCCGCUCUUUGUUGUUGUCACAGCCGGCUCCGCCUCUCGGUGUGUGCCGGCUUCCUCAUGCCCAGGGGGUCGCGGCUGGCGGGAGGACCAGGGUCACCAUGCCUUUUCCAAUCGUAAACCAGGGAACCCCGCAACAACAGAUCUCGAAGAAUUUUGGCAUCACCUCCCCUAUCAGCUUAGCGGUACCCAAGGAGACAGACUGCAGUCUCACUCAGAAACUUAUAGAGACAUUGAAACCUUAUGGCGUCUUUGAAGAAGAGGAGGAAUUACAGCGCAGAAUCAUAAUUUUGGGGAAGUUGAAUAAUUUGGUGAAAGAAUGGAUUCGUGAAAUUAGUGAACAGAAGCACCUGCCUCAGUCUGUAAUUGAGAAUGUUGGAGGCAAAAUAUUUACUUUUGGAUCGUACCGAUUAGGGGUCCAUACUAAAGGUAAUGUAGAUGCAGAGCCAUUUCUUAUAAUCUGUAUCGCAGUUUGCCAUUUUAUUCAUUACUGUAAGAUGUUCAGUGUUAUCAAUUCUGUCAUUUUUUUUGUUUCUUUACAGGCUGUGGAAGAAGCAUAUGUGCCCGUGAUUAAACUUUGCUUUGAUGGGAUUGAGAUUGAUAUUUUAUUUGCAAGACUUGCACUUCAGACAAUUCCUGAGGACUUGGACCUGCGAGAUGAUAGUCUGCUGAAGAACUUGGAUAUCAGAUGUAUACGGAGUCUUAAUGGUUGUCGCGUAACUGAUGAAAUCCUCCAUUUAGUUCCGAACAUUGAUAACUUCAGACUGACUUUGAGAGCAAUCAAGCUUUGGGCCAAACGCCAUAACAUAUAUUCAAACAUCCUUGGAUUUCUUGGUGGCGUUUCCUGGGCCAUGUUGGUGGCAAGAACAUGCCAACUGUAUCCAAAUGCCAUAGCGUCCACUCUUGUUCAUAAAUUUUUCUUGGUCUUUUCCAAAUGGGAAUGGCCUAAUCCAGUGUUGCUGAAGCAACCAGAAGAGUGCAAUCUUAAUUUGCCUGUGUGGGACCCAAGGGUGAAUCCCAGUGAUCGGUACCACUUGAUGCCUAUCAUCACCCCAGCCUACCCUCAGCAGAAUUCCACCUACAAUGUAUCUGUUUCUACAAGAAUGGUUAUGGUGGAAGAGUUUAAACGAGGGCUGGCUAUAACAGAUGAAAUCUUGUUGGGAAAAGCGGAUUGGUCAAAACUUUUCGAGGCUCCUAACUUCUUUCAGAAGUACAAGCAUUAUAUAAUCCUGCUUGCAAGUGCGCCGACCGAAAAGCAGCACCUAGAAUGGAUUGGUUUAGUGGAGUCGAAGAUUCGUAUUCUUGUCGGAAGUUUGGAAAAGAAUGAAUUCAUCACACUCGCUCAUGUGAAUCCUCAAUCAUUCCCAGCCCCUGUUGAAAAUUCAGAAAAGGAAGAAUUCCGGACUAUGUGGGUAAUUGGACUUGUAUUUAAAAAGAUGGAAAACUCCGAAAACCUCAGCGUUGACCUCACUUUUGACAUUCAGUCUUUCACAGAUACAGUUUAUAGACAAGCUAUAAACAGCAAGAUGUUCGAAGUGGACAUGAAGAUUGCAGCCAUGCAUGUGAAAAGGAAGCAACUUCAUCAGCUCCUCCCCAUACACGUGCUCCCUAAGAAGAAAAAGCAUUCUACAGACGGUGUAAGGCUGGUGGGUCUGCAUGACAGCAGCCUGGACUUAUCAGUGGACAGUGACAACAGUAUGUCUGUGCCUUCUCCCACCAACACCUCCAAGACCAAUCCAUUAAAUGCCUCAGGAUUGUCUCAGGGUAGAAGCAGUCCAGCAACACCAGUGAACUCUUCCUUGACCAAUGUACCAAAUGCGGAGAGCAUUGUGCAGUCCUUGAAUAAUUCCAUAGACUUGUCACGGGGUAAUAUGCAGGAAAGCAUCCCCGCUGACCCUGCCAUGUCGCCAUCCAACUCUUCUACACCAAAACCUGUGGUGUCCCGGGUGGUGACCGCUACCCGGCUGGUGAACCAAGUUCCAAAGCCUUUCAUAAGCAUUGGAGCGAAACUGCCAAGUCCAGUAGCGGGUGUGAAACGGACAUCCUCUCCUCAGAAGGAAGAAAGUCCCAAGAAAGUCAAAACUGAAGAGGAUGACACCAAUGGCUGCACUGCUGUAGACUCAGAUGAGUCAAGUCCAUGUGAAAUGGAAAUAUUAAAGGUGAGUUACUUGAAGA